AUCACUGGCGCUAUAUAGUACGCCGAACUUGUUGUUGUACACACACACACACAGAAACUCACGAACGCCAAAAACCCAAUACUGACUGACAAGUCAUCCAUUCAUCAAUAUGAUCUCCUCACAUUACUCGGUCUAGAGGAGCAUGCAAAGAAGGUAAUCUGAACAAUCUAACAGGUUCAGAGAGGAAGAGUCUUCAGCCUCAGCGAGGAAGGGAAGGAGGAUGUCGCAAUGGGGCAUUCUUCUCGAAGGAGGAGCGAUCAUUUUCUUCGUUGCAGUCUUGUUCACGUAUGGAGCAGCUGGGCUGAAGUGGCUGCGUUUGACACCGGCGUUGCGCAAGCGUUACAGAAAAUUACCGAAGGGCAGCUUGGGAUGGCCUUUAGUUGGGGAAACGUUCGCUUUCCAGCACUGUCUCAUGUCCACAACACCUCACUCAUUCGUCGACGAGCGCCGUCGCAGAUACGGAGAUUUGUUUCUGACCCAUCUCUUCGGAACUCCUUUGCUUGCCUCAACUGAUCCUGACAUGAACAAAUUCAUUCUUACCAAAGAAGAACCUCUUUUCACUUCAACUUUGCCGAAAAGUAUCUCCAUGGCGGUUGGUGAAAAUGCUCUCCUCAUGCUGAGAGGUGAUAGGCACAAACGAAUGAGACGGCUAGUGUUGUCUGUCUUCUCACCUGAAGUCUUGAAGCACAAGACAGGUAGUAUUCAAGCUUCCGCCACGUCCAUUUUGAAGACUUGGAAGGGCCGGAAAGUUAUAGUCGCCGACGAUGCAAGAGAGUAUACCUUCUACGUUGCGAUGAACGCCAUAAUUGAUAUGGGUCAGGAUCGUGACGAAAGAUCUGAGGUCUUCCGUAAUCGAUUUUUGCAACUGAGGGCGGGAGCUAGGGCCUUGCCAAUCGAUCUGCCAGGAACAGCCUUUAGAAAGGCAGUGCAGGCCAGGAAGCAUCUGAAGACGAUGGUGGAGACGGUCAUCGACGAAAGAAAGAGAAGCUCGGGGCCUCAAUACGACGACCUUUUGGCUAAGCUUCUAAGGGCAUCUGAAUCAGAUGGAGGAGAGCCUUUGAAAAAUGAGGAAAUUGUAGAUGUGGUUCUGAGUUCAUUAUUGGCGGGCUUUGAUACUUCUGCGAACACUUUACUCUUCUUGGUCUAUUACAUUGGCCAGCACCCGCAGGUUCUUCAUGACCUCAAGGUAGAGCACCAGGAGAUACUGAAAGACAAACCAGCCGACGAACCACUUUCUUACAGUGAUUACAAGAGAAUGAAGCUCACGCAAUCAACAAUCAACGAGACUCUGCGGCUUGCUAAUCCCGUACUUUCGUUGCACAGGAGAACAUUACAAGAUGUAGAAUACAAUGGCCGCAUGGUUCCUGCAAAUUCUCCCGUGCAAGUCUGGCUCCGAUCUCUUCACACCGAUCCCGAUCUGUAUCCACAACCGUACAAUUUCGAUGUAGAUCGGUGGAAGGGCAAGGCCAGCACCAACAACUUCAUUCCCUUUGGUUUGGGACCGAGACUGUGCGUGGGCAUGGACCUGGCGCGCAUGGAGCUGUCCAUCUUCGUCCAUUGCCUUGUCACCAUGUACAGGACCUGGGAGCUGGCUGAGGAGGAUGCCCCAAGGUUCUUUCCGGAACCUGGGAUGAAGAAGGGCUUGCCCAUUUUUGUCCACGACCUAUGAGCCGAGCCGGCGACGCGUGACCACCCUGAUAUUGUAAUAUUUCGUAUCUCAGAUCCUUAAGCAAAUGGGGAGAACGCAAUGGGCUUUCAUGCCAUCCGCGUAGCCAAGAACAGACAAAUUACCUGAUGACGCCCCAUGGACACCGAAUGACCGAUCACACACGAACGAACGAACCAACGAGCGAGAGCGAGAGAGAGAGAGAGAGAGAGAGCACUGCAGUGAUUAGAUAGAUUUCCAGGGACGGAGAGAUCUAGGCGAGAGAUUAGUUACUAUCGACCUGCCAUCUGUCAGAGUUUUCUGAGAGAAAGUUUAGUCUGACAUCACCCACCGAAAGUUUCCACGGGUACUACAACAACACAACGGUGGCCACAGAGAGGGAGAGAGAACGAGAGAGAAAAGCCUCCUGUUAGAUCACUGGCCACUCCGGGAUUGUAACACUAUUAAACAGAACCUCAAACCUUUAUAGCUGGUAGUUGGUGGGGGUAGUACUACUUAUUGGAAGAUGUAAAACUACCACAGAGAGAGAGAGAGGUUGCGUGCGUUUGUAUGCAUGUGAGGGAGGGAUCUAGGGAGGGCGGGAGUGAGUGAGUUAGUGUGUAGUUAGUACGAUGAGAUGGCUCCUGGAAAGUCUCAGAAAGUGAAGGACAGGUAAACCUGUAGGAGUAGAAUGAUGUUACCCACGCGCGGGAUCCUCGAUCUGCCCUUCUUUCUGCAGCUGCUGACCUCCUCCGACCUUCAUCUUCUCGAUCGAUAGAUCUGGAGAGUUCAUUUCGCCUCCUGUCAUCACAUCUCUCAUCCGUGAUCCAUCCCAUCCCACCGCAUCGCAUCGCAUCGAAUCUCAUCUUAUCUCAUCCGGCCUCGUCUCCCCUCAUCUCUGUCUCUCUGCGCUCUGACUGCAACGCUACAGUGGUGCUUUGCUCUCCUCCGCAGAGACAGGCAAAGAUUCCCCUCGCUCUUCUGCCCAACUCGAGAAAUCGUCUUUGCGAAAAAGAGAUGCCCGGCGAUUUGAAUGUGGCCAAAUUGUACAGAUACUGACCGCAGGUGGGCGAGGAGGAGGAGGCGGGGCCAGGAGCCCGUGGACCAAUGCUGCCUGCUGUAAGAAACGGGCAGAAUAUACUCCAACUCACUCCAUGAGUGACGGAGGAAGAACAGGAGAUCAGGAAGAACAGGAUUAGACCUGGCACUCCACGCUGUGACUGGAGGAGUAGUAGCAGAUAGCUGACCUUAAUUGCAUACGCAUGUUCCACAAGCGUAUGCAGUUUCAUUCUACGAACGAGGCAAUUUUUUGUAGCACGGAUCCAAUUUUUUUAAGCAGGCACUUAGCUUUAGUCUAGUUUAGCGUAGCGAAGAAUUUCUACCCCUUCGGUGUGUGCUCACUUUGGUACAGUACCCAGUCUCGACCUCCAUGAAGUUUAUAUGAUGUCCAUUAUUCGGCGCAAAGCGUUCACUCUGACACUCUCAGUUGCCGCCCAGUUGUUAAUGUGCUUGGCCAUCCAAUGGAAU